AUGAUGAAGCUUCCUCCUAGUUACAGGGAUCCGAAGAUUUUCAACAACAAAUAUAUUAUCAAAUAAUAGAUCUCGUCAGGUUCAUUUGGUAUAGUGUAUUUGGCAUUUGACAAGCACACAAGAGAGGAAGUGGCUGUGAAAAUAGAGAAGGAGGAAAAUGAAGAUGUCAGUUCUCUGGACAGAGAAAUAUCCAUCCUUAAUCGCUUGAAUGGAGUGCCUGGAACACCCAAACUCUAUUGGAGUGGAUUCGAGUAAGACUACAAUGUGAUUGUAAUCCAAAUUUUGGGCAAGGACCUGAGUCAACAUAUCAAGCAAUUUAAGAAGUUUAGUUUGAAAAGCGUAUUGCAGAUUUCAUAUCAAUUGCUGUCUACUUUGCAAUAAGUGCAUGAGAGGGGAGUAAUCCAUAGAGAUUUCAAACCAGAAAAUAUUUUGACAGGUUAUCAACAAGAGAAUGGCACUAUUUAUCUGGUGGAUUAUGGAGUGUCAAAAGUCUAUUUAGAUAAUCAUGGCAAGCACAUCCCACUCAAAGACAAGAAAUCCUUUAUCGGGACAACAAGAUAUGCAUCGAUAGCAGCACAUCGAGGUUACGAAUUAGGAAGAAAAGAUGAUGUGGAAUCAAUGUUUUAUAGAACUUUCUUUAUAUUAGUAAAAUUGCCUUGGUAAAAUUUACAAAAUAUUGGCGAUAGAGAUCGAACUGAUGUUGUAGGCGAAGUCAAAUAGAAGACUGAAGUAUCAGAAUUAUGCAAAGAUGUUCCACCUGAAUUUGCUGAAAUAUUUAAUUAUUUAAAAAAAUUAGAAUUCAAAUCUGAACCAGAUUAUAAAUACAUGUUAUCUCUCUUGCUCAAGGCAUCCACUAAUAAUCAUAUAAUUCUAGACAAGUUAUUCGAAUGGACUGAUCGUCAAACCAAAAUAAAGGAUCAAAUGAUUUGGGCCUUAUCUGAAGACAAAUAAAAAUAACCACAAAUGAACAGUUCGUAAUAAAUCAUGGGUUCCAACAACCUUCUCAAACCUCCUGAGGCAAUGAGAGCCACAGGUGGGAGUCCUAUAAGGAUGGAGUCGAAACAUCUCACAAGUACAUCGAUCUAAGGGUCUUUGUCGUCUAUGAUGAUCAAAUAUAUUCCAUCCUAAGUAGAAAACACGAGCAUGUGUAAUCAAGACGAGAAACGAUCUAAAAGUAAGAAAAGUAAACGAAGUAGAAAGAGUGCUAAAUCUUCUAAACGUUAAUCAGUCAUCUUUCAUAGUGGAGUGUAAAUUAUUGAACCCAAAGAUUAACUUAGAAGACAUAAAACUAUUGAUUCAACUUGGGGAUUUUAAUAGUACAUGAACGAAUUUAGUGGAGAUGAGGAUUCCUAAAAGUUAUCCAAAAAGCUUACAGUCUUCACCCCAAGAAAAUACCAAAAAAUACUUCUAAAUUAUGAUAAUAUUUAAAAUAUGUGGUAUGCUUAAAUACUCAACUCACUUGAAGUUGAUGACUUCUCAGAAGAGCUGCUCCAAGAUAUCACCAACCAUCUUCAAUCCAUCUCUGUGACUGAUUUCUCCAAGGGAUACCAAAUCAUCGUCACAGAACUAGCAGAUAUGGGAUAUGAAUUUAUGUCUAAGAAUUAAUUGCCAAGCACACAAUUAAUCAUUUAAUAUCUAUAGCUAUGGAAUCAGGAAGUAUGCACCUUCUCCAACCUAUGGGUUUUGCAGAAUCUGGAAAUCGCCUACCAAAUUAAGAUCAAUCGCAUUACACAAGCAAGAGCACGUCUACUGGCAUUGAUUGAUGAAUAACAAUACUAUAGCAUUGGAGGAACUGUGUCUCAGAUUUAUGAAUCCGCCCUCUCUCUUUAUCACUUUUGUACUAUAGACAAUCAGAGCAAACAGCAAGCAUUAUAAGCAAUUCUGAAACUGUAACAACUUAUAAUUAAGUCUUUGGAACCAAAGUUAGAUAAAAAGGUGCAUCUCUUAAUGGCCAAAUUAUACGAACGAAUGGCCUAGCUAGAAAAGGGGGCCUAUGAAUCCAAUCAAUUCUGCAUUUAGGCUUACAAAGUAGCAAGCCAAGUUCUUACACCAGAUGACUCCCUCUUACAAUACUAUGAAUCGCAUAUUCAAAUAGACAACCAGUAAUCACAGCCUCCAAAGCCACUGUCCAUUACUCAUUUGUAGGAGAACACAGUGUUGUUGGAGGAGAGAGAUGUGGUGAUCAGCGAUUAGGCAGGUUUAAUGAGAGUCACCUACAAUCACAAGGCUAAGGAACUAACCAUAUUGUUUUUAAAUAUGAAAUGCAUAUUUAAUUUAUCAGACGUUGAGAAUGAGAUCACAAUAUACAAUUUAUAAAGUCUACCGGUUUUUUUGAAUGAGUUUGUGAAUGUGGUAAGUCAAUAAUUGAUUCUUGAAGAAACUUUGAUCAUUUCAACCAACAUUAUAGGAUUGGAGUCUUUUGAAAAAUAAGUUCAAAUUACCCAAAAAACUCGCGGACAUUAUUUUGCCUACUUCACAGAACAAGUACUAGAUUAUAUGGACGAUGAAUCAGUACAACCACUAUUGAUCUAAUGA